CCUUGAGCCCGCCAGGUCCUCCUCCUCUCCUCACCGGCUCCCUCUUGUUGACCGGGCAGCCGCGUGGAGCUGCUGGCCAUGUCACCGAAAUAUUAUCUCCUCUUGCUGGUGGGCUGCCAAGCCUGGGCUGCAGGCUUGGCCUACUAUGGCUGCCCUAGCGAGUGUACCUGUUCCCGGGCCUCCCAGGUAGAGUGUACAGGGGCACGGAUUGUGGCAGUGCCCACCCCUCUGCCCUGGAAUGCUAUGAGCCUGCAGAUCCUCAAUACGCACAUCACCGAGAUCCCAGAUACCCCGUUCCUCAACGUCUCAGCCCUCAUUGCCCUGAGGAUGGAGAAGAACGAACUGUCCAACAUCAUGCCGGGUGCCUUCCGCAACCUGGGCUCACUGCGCUACCUCAGCCUGGCCAACAACAAAAUACAGAUGCUGCCUCCAGAUCUCUUCCAGGGCAUGGACAAUCUGGAAUCCCUCCUUCUGUCCAAUAACCAGCUGGUUCAGAUCCAGCCAGCACAGUUCUCCCGGUUUAGUAAUCUUAAGGAACUCCAGUUGCACGGCAACAAUCUGGAGUACAUCCCCGAAGGUACCUUUGACCACCUGGUGGGACUCACCAAGCUCAACCUGGGCAAGAACGGCUUCACCCACCUGCCACCUAGGGUCUUCCAGAAUCUUGGCAACCUCCAGGUGCUCCGGCUGUAUGAGAACAGGCUUUCAGACAUCCCCAUGGGCACGUUUGAUGCUCUCGGCAACCUCCAGGAGCUGGCCCUCCAGGAGAACCAGAUCAGCACACUGUCCCCCGGCCUGUUCCACAAUAACCGCAAUCUCCAGAAGCUGUAUCUGUCCAACAACCACAUCUCGCAGCUGCCCCCGGGCAUCUUCAUGCAGCUGCCCCAGCUUAACAGGCUCACGCUCUUUGGCAAUUCCCUGAAGGAGCUCUCCCCAGGAGUCUUUGGGCCUAUGCCCAACCUGCGGGAGCUUUGGCUCUACAACAACCACAUCUCCUCCCUCCCCGACAACACCUUCAUCAACCUGCCCCAGCUGCAAGUUCUGAUUCUUAGUCACAAUCAGCUCAACUCCAUCUCCCCGGGAGCCUUCAACGGCUUGACGAACCUGCGGGAACUGUCCCUCCAUACCAAUGCUCUGCAGGACCUGGAUGGGAAUGUCUUCCGCGCCCUGUCCAACCUGCAGAAUAUCUCCCUCCAAAAUAACCGCCUCCGACAGCUCCCCGGCAGCAUCUUCGCCAACGUCAACGGCCUCACGACCAUCCAGCUGCAGAACAACAACCUAGAGAACUUGCCCUUGGGCAUCUUUGACCACCUGGGGAACCUGUGUGAGCUUCGUCUCUACGACAACCCCUGGAGGUGUGACUCGGGCAUCCUCCCACUUCAUAACUGGCUCCUUCUCAACAGAGCCCGACUGGGGACAGACACUCUUCCGGUGUGUUCCAGCCCAGCCAAUGUCCGAGGCCAGUCUCUCGUCAUCAUCAACAUCAUCCCUGGACCCAGUGCCCAGGGUCCUGAAGUAUCUAGCUACCCAGAAGUGCCACGCUAUGCUGACCCUAAUCUGCCAGGGUCACCCAGCUAUCCCGACACCACCUCCAUUUCCUCUACCACAGAGAUCACCACCGCUAUGGAAGACUACACAGAUCUGACCACCGUGGAAGUCUCCGAUGACCGCAAUACCUGGGGCAUGACUGACGCCCAGACGGGGCUGGCUAUUGCUGCCAUUGUGAUCGGCAUCAUUGCUUUGGCCUGUUCCCUAGCUGCUUGCAUCUGCUGCUGUUGCUGUAAGAAGAGGAGCCAGGCGGUCCUGAUGCAGAUGAAGGCUCCCAAUGAGUGUUAGGGAAGCAGGCUAAAGCAGGGCUGGGGAAAGAUGACACCAGAGGACCAAAGCGUGCAAUCAUUCAGCUUCCAAACCUGGGUCCACACAGACAAGCUCGAAUGGCCCAAGGGGAAAAUGCCUCCAUCUUGUCCUGAGCCCCCAAGUCUUCUGUAGAGAAGCAGGCAUUUCAGGACCUUUUACUCCCAGAGAAAUCGAAUUGGUCAUUAAGCAAACAAACAAGCAACCCCAGAGGGAUCCUUCGGAAAGCCCCUCUGUCAAAUCCUCACUGCUACCGAGAACAAGCUUCCUUGCACCCAGCCCCUCUCAGCCUCUGUAGACUCAAUGAUGACAAGGCCUGCUCACGUUAUAAGAUAGUUCUCUGCCGGGACAACCCGCGCCUCAAAGUAUUAUAUAAGUUGAUUUUUUUUCUUGCUUCUCUUUUUGUGACAUAGCUUGACUCUGUUCCCUCAAGUGAGAGGUCUCUCUUGUGUUUUUGCUGCCAAAGGCAGUCUUAAGUUCUCUCCGUGAGAAGGUUUGGAUCUUUUAGCUCACUGCACUGGCUUGGAGCAUGCGCUGUAAGUCAGAAAGACACCUCUGCUGUUGGUCCCUCGGGCAGAGCUGUCAUCAGCAUCUGUUGCAACAAGUCCAGCCCUUUGGAGAAGAAUGUUUAGAGCCACCAGUGUCCCUCCGAAGAUCUUAGCCCUUUACAGUAUAAAAUCACGCAGUCACUAAGCUCUCAAAACAUGGAAGUCAGCUCAUUACCACUGGCUAAAGGACGCAGCCUGCUGCCCAGGGUCCUUGUACUCAGCCCUUCGCUUUCCCUUUCCGAUUGUGUAUUGAAGGAUCACGUUCAUACGAAAAGCGGGAGUGAUCGCGUGCAGCCUGAGGCAUUCUCCCAGUCUCAGUAGAUACCUGUGUGAUCAGCGUGAUACCAAGAACUGACAUCCCAGUGUCUCCACUCCAAGCUUGUUCUGAAGGACUUCUGGAGACGCUGUGGACUUUUCCUAGCUUUCCGUGGGCUAGGGAGGGAUCCUCCCAGCCUCCCCUACCCCUCCGUGGGCAGCUUUUGCAAAGGUGUAGCUGUCGGGAGUGAGAAAGAGAGAGAGGUACAGUCAGGACAAGUGACAACUGAGCUGGCCAGACCAGAAGCAUCUGAACUACAGUAGCCUGUGCAAGCACGCUUCUUCCCCGCCAACAAGCCCUGUUCUGUUCAUUCGCAUCCCCUCAACCCGUCCUUGUAUGGGUAUUAUAUGCCCAUAUCUGUUUCUAAUUUUUAUUCUCCAUUUGGGGGAAGCAAAAUAGCUCAGAGAUGAGAUCUUCCAAUUGAAUAACCAAGUGUAAUGGAAACCAGGAAUUGUGGUCAAAUUCUUCAUCAACACUAGUCAGCUGGUAGCCAGACUACAGGGUGUUCAGAGGCAGCAGAUCUCAGGGCAUGCUGGAAGUUCACGUGAGGGCGUGGGCUCACUUUGCUCUGGGUUCUGGUUAUGAGCUGCAUGGUUUAGUUUAGAGUCUUCUCUUUGAGUGGCAGUCACAAUACAUCUGCCUUGGCUGUGUUUUCUGUUACACGUGUGCCUAUUUCUACACUUUCAAUAGUUAUGAUCAAGGCGACCUAGCUCUCUCAGGACAACUGAUACACCUGUGUAGAACACAGUGGGAACACACCUUGAAUCCCAGCAUGGGAAGGCAGAGGCAGGCAGACCUCUGAGUUCGAGGCCAGCCUGGUCUACAGAGUGAGUUCCAGGACAGCCAGGGCUGUGUAUAAAAACCCUCCCUCGAAAAACAAAAGAGUGAAACAGAGAAUGUCAGGUUUUCCUAUCCAUGAGGGAAGGACUCCGGCUGACUGCUGGACUCAGGAAAUGUAUCUCCAACCUGCAGUGGUGCUUACAGGGCAACAGAGAGCCUCCCCUCCAGUUCCCUAACAGAAUAAUACAGAAAGAAUGCCAGCACACUCUGCCCUGGGGAAUCUGAUGUCACAUGGACCAAGGCUGUCCCUAACCUCAGAGAGAGUGUGAGCGUGUUUCUGCUGACUGGCCUGUUGGUGGGCCCUGAGCUGAAGAGAGGGAGCUGGGCCUGUUUUAUGGCAGAUGGAAGCUUGGCAUGGUGCUGCAUUCCCCAGAAUCAUCUGAUGAUCCUUGUGAGCUACAUCCAGCCUCAGGGAGCUAGGGCUGGGGAGAGGUGAAAUCCGCAGUAUCCAGGGUCCCCUACCAGUUAUAACCUGGAGCUGGUGAUCACUUCUGACAUUGGCCACGACAGUGAUAUACCUUACUGGUCCAAAGGCUGGCCUGGGAGCAGCUGUCUCUCAUGGCCUGCCUAGGAGCUCGCAGACAGUGAGUAAGCUCACGGGUGCUAGUGACGUGGGAGCCUCUUCCUUCCUCCCCACUCCGGUGUCCAGAUGGUGUCAUCGGACCUGUUCCUUAUCCAUGGGCCUUUCGAUUUCUCCACAUCUUCUCGUCAGAGAGGGAGAUGCUGGGAACACUGUGGAGGGUUCUUUCCAGUAGGGUAAUGCAUUUGCUCAAUUCUUGGAGCUGGAAUGAGCUCUGUAGCCCAUAGAAGACUGUGAUCUAGCGCAGAGUUCAGCCCUCUUACCCUCUCUGUUCACUGUUUCUGGACUACCACUGCCAGCAUUUAUGUGGAGCAGGGAGGGGAGUGGAUGCUGUAAGAAGUUAAUAAAGGCUAACGAGAGUCACCAUGUUAACAGAUGCUGGGCGCCUGGGUGCAUCUCCUUCUCACCUUCUCGACUCCUUGUGAGUUUAGUCCCACCGCUAUCCUCCUGUGUUGGAGCCUUUUCUGCACAGUGCCCGGCAGACCAUCCCUACAAAGUCUCGUGGGCUGUCUAGGGCUGCCAUCACGGGACCAGAGGAAACAGGCUGUACACAUACAUCUGGGUUCUUGGAGCUUUUCACUGGCAGCUCUACAGUUCCCACAGGCAUCCAGAUGGAACUCUGGAAUCUGCUUCCAGCCUUGGGAAGGAUAUGGAGAGCGGGCCAGUAACCAGAGUCAGGGAGCAGGCCUUGCGGUAUCCUAGACUUAGCUACAAGCUACUCCAAGGUUCAGGCUCAGACCCCACGGUCCGAACCAGAUCUGGCCAUUGAAUGAUGGUGAUCUCAGGAAGGAAGCCACCAGUGUGGUGCAAACAGGGCAGCAGGAAGCUGCAGGGUGAAAUACCACCUGGUCCCAGAGCCCUAGGAGAGAGUGUUCUUGCCUCCCGCUGCCUUUGCUCUGCGUUCUAGAACAAUCACAGUUGCCUUACUAGACGAUCCUUGCAAAUAGUCCCAGCUGCUUGGCAGUGCAUUUAGAGCUUUCUAGGCCCCUGGUGUUUGAUAGAAUGUGAGCCCUGGUGGGCAGGUUGGGGGUCUGUCCUUCGCUAGAUGCUGCUUGUGAUAGAUUUGGUGCACAGAAUCAACAAUAAACGUAUAC